AAUACAUGAUAGAGUUUCAUGAUCAUGAUUCGGAACGUAUAAUUAACGACGCGAAUGGUAAUUUUAAUUCUCAAGAAACCAAUGCAUUAAAGUCAGAACAUCACGAUGAUGACGAUGAUAUGAUGGACGAAUUGGAAAAAGAUGAGAUUGAAAAUGUUCCACACGAAAACGAAGUGUGGCGCGCUCAUAUGCCUUCAGCUUCCAAAAGAAAGCGCAGUGGCGACAGUCCCAAUUCCGAUGAAGAUCAUUGUACACAGCCAAAUCCUUCCGUCAAAAGACGAUCAACGGAUAAACACAAGGCGCCACCUCUCAGUUGUGAAGCUGUUAAACGUCUUUUCACAGGUAUCACCAAAGCAACUCUCAUUCAGAGACUUGAAGAAUCGAAAGCUUUAAUUGCAGCCAUUAAAGAAAGCUACGCCAAUAUCCGUGCACCUGCUCAAUCUACAAAUUUAGCAUCAUCAUCACGUUUAAACCUUCUGUGUCAUCUUCUUCAAUCACCACCAACAUCUCGAAUUGAUGGAAUCUCUUCUAAAGUUUUCUCAAACUUGGAGCUUUAUAAAUUAUUCACCACCUACAAUUCUUACAAAGAAGAGGUCGCUCAAAACAACCAUAUUGAUCCGCUAAACUCACCAAAUAAACGUAGCCAUACCUCACCUUCUUCAGAUCCAUCGUCGCCUAUCACUUUUCCUACUUAUUCUUCGUUUAUCGAUCCAACCGUUACCUUACAUAUUAAAGAACAAACUGGCGGUAAAGAAGUUGGAAAGCAUCGGUUGAAUUGUGCGUGGAGACUUAGCAUACUAUGUGAGUUACUAGGUAAAGGAGUAUUGCUGAUGACCAAAGAAUUGAGUGGAGCUAAAUUGGAACGAAUUCUUGUUGAAGAAUUUACCAAAUUAGUAGAAUUCUUGAAGAACUCGGAUAAUCAUGAUUGGGUUGCUAAUGUUAGAGAGAAAAUGGAGUUGACAGGAUUUGAUGAGGUUUACGCGCCAUUAGCUGAAGCAGACAUAGACAACAGUUCUAAUAAUAACUCCGGAACUGUUUCCGAGGCCGUUGGAAUUAACAACGAUAAUCAUAUGGAAAUGCAACAAACGAUGAAACCUAACCUUGGAAUCAUCACAUUUGCAGUCGAUCACAACAUUACACAAAAU